AUGGGUUCGCAUUCCUACGAUUUCAUCGUGGUCGGAGCUGGACCAGCCGGAUGUGCCCUCGCAUCAUUCCUCGCCAAAUCAGCCAAGCGGCCAAAUGUUCUCCUCCUAGAAGCCGGCAAGCACAAUGACGACAAGACCCUCAAAGUCUCCGGCAAGCGUUGGGUAACAUUCAUGGAACCCAGCCUGAAUUGGGGAUACAAGACUACUCCACAAGAGCACUGCAGCGGUCGCGAGCUCGACUACUCGCGCGGGAAAUGUGUCGGUGGAAGUUCCGCCAUCAACUUUGGUGUGUACACCGUCGGCGCUAGGGAUGACUAUGACCAGUGGGCUGCUGAAUUGGGUGACGAUACAUUCGCCUGGAAGAAUAUUCAGCCCAGAUUUAAGGCUUUGGAGACCUUUUCUGGGAAGAUUGCUCGGCCUGAGCAUCAGAAGUAUGGAGCUCCCCAGGCCGCAGACCAUGGCGAUAAGGGUGCUUUGGGUAUUGGAUAUGCGAAGGAGUGGGAGGCGGAUGUGCCGUUGGUCCUAGACGCGUUUGAAGAAGCUGGCCUUCAGCGAAAUCUAGAUCAUAACUCGGGAAAUCCGCUGGGUAUAAGUUUGAUGAUCAACUCUGUACGCGAUGGCGUGCGGACUACAGCAGCCGAUUUGGUGAAGAAUGCACCCGAGAACCUCGUCGUCAUCAGCAAUAGUCAAGUGCAGCGUGUCAUCUUGGAGGGCAAGAAAGCUGUGGGUGUCGAGAGUAAUGGGACUCAAUACUUUGCUUCCAAGGAAGUCAUCAUCUCCGCAGGAUCUCUCGACAGUCCCAAGAUCCUCAUGCACUCUGGUAUUGGUCCAGCCGCAGAGCUCACCAAAUUCAACAUCCCCAUCAUCCAAGAUCUACCAGCCAUCGGCCAAGGCCUCAAAGAUCACCCCUUCACGACCCUCCUUGUUACUCGAAACCCGGAGACUAACGACCGCAACGCCUUCUUCCAAAGCCCAGAGGCGAUGGCCGCGGCCAUGGAGCAAUGGAACGAAGACGGCACUGGACCCUGGGCCCGCUACGGCUCUCAACUCGGUAGUGGCUGGUUCAAAUCAGACCGAAUCACGGCGUCAGAGGAAUUCAAAGCACUCCCCGCCGAUGUCCAAGACUUUUUGAACCGGGAGACCAUCCCACACUACGAGUUAGCCAGCGGAUUUCCCUUGCACAUGCAGGUGCCCCAGAUGUUCCAGGACUACAGCUACAUCUGUCUCGCCGUAUUCCUGAUGAAUCAGCAAUCCAAGGGUGAAGUCCGUCUCCAAUCCUCAAACCCAGAUGACCCGCUGCUAUUCGACCCGCAUUUCCUCGAACACCCCUACGAUCAGCGCGCCUGUAUCGAAAUGUACCGACACUUGCUCGAAUUAACCGAGCACCCGGCCUUUUCAAAAGAUACCGUUGCAACUGUUAUGCGCCCGGCAUCGAACUCUGAUGAGGAUAUUCUCCAGUUUUGGAAGGAUAAUGCCGGGUCGAGUUGGCAUAUGACUGGCACAGUGAAAAUGGGUAAAGAUGCUAGCAAGGAUUCUGCUGUUGAUAAUGCGUUCAGAGUGUUUGGUGUUGAGGGGUUGCGGGUUGCGGAUAUGAGCGUUGUUCCUGUGUUGACGAAUAAUCAUACUCAGGCUACGGCGUAUGUAACCGGUGCUACCUGUGCGGAUGUCUUGAUCAGGGAGUAUGGCCUGGAUCAAUAG